UGUUUUUAAACAUGUGGGCAGCUGAUGGUGUGAGAUUUAAUGAAUUGGAGAGGAAACCAUUUUGUUAAAUGUAGUGAUUUUUUUAAUUAUUAGAAUGAAUUUGUAACUCUAAUCAGGAAGUGUACUUGUGUAUGCCCAAUUUCUGGAAUUCAAUUUGUGGACUUGAGAAAUCUCUACCCGGAUGCUUCUAGACAUACAUGUAUAUUAAAAGUGUACGUCAUAUGCUAAAGCAGGCAGUUUGAUUGCAGAUUGCAGUGAAAUGUCGCUAAAGGCAGUCAAUAAUUUUCACACACUUAAGUGACAAAAUUGAAUGGAUCAGAUUUUCAAUGCUGCUUUAUUAAACAAUGAAAAAUAUUGCAUGAAUCAAUUUUGCUGCAUAUUAUGAACUGUUUGAACAUUUACUGUGAAAGAUUGAGGGCACGUAUUAAGAAAGCCAGGGACAAAAGAAGGGAGAUAAAUGUGAAGGACUAUAUGAUAGAAAACCAAUCAGAUUCAACUCUAGGGAGGGUACCAGGACAGGUCAAUGGACAACAGUUUGUCAUCCAAAACUGUAAGAACUGUAAUAUCUAUGUGUUUGACUACAUAGCAGCCAUAAAUAUAGAUGAUUGUGUGGAUUGUAAUAUAUUUCUCGGACCUGUAAAAUCUAGUGUAUUUAUACGGGAUUGUAAAAACUGUAAAGUUAUUGUUGCCUGCCAGCAGUUCCGGACUCGAGACUGCAGUAAGGUGGACGUAUUUCUCUGCUGUAACACACAGCCUAUAAUUGAGUCAUCCUCCGGAAUGAAGUUUGCCUGUUAUCAGUACCACUAUCCCGAACUCAAAAUGCAGUUCAAAAUGGCUGGUCUGAGUGUAUUCAGCAAUAAUUGGGGAAACAUCCAUGAUUUCUCACAGGAUCCAGACGAACAGCACCAUUCUCUUCUACCAGAGGACUCCAUUGUUGAGAAUUUUGUGCCCCUACCUAGCACAGAGCAGUUUCAGUCAGUAACUGUGUCAACUUCUAGAGUGGAUAGUGUCGUGCCAUUAACACUGGGUCCCAGGAGGAAGACGUCAGAUGAGUCAUGCCUGGUUGUAUUUUUUAAUGACGGCAAGAACUCCAACAUCACAAGAGCACGACAAUUUAUUGAUAAAUUAUAUGAAAGCAAUCCAGAUAUAUCAUUAGUACAGACACGAGAUAUAUCCAUGGAACCGAGUGAUGCAUUACGAGUGUUUAGAACAGAGAACUACGCUCCAUUUGUUCAGAGAGGAUCUGUUAUAGGCCUAGAAUUUAAUGGUGAGGGUUGUAUAGAAAUCAUCCGUUCAGCGUUAAAUGCCUUCCAGCAGGAAAAUAUUUGUGACUUUUUCUGUUCUGAAAGCCGUUCAGAAGCAGAGAAAGAGAUUGAAGACUUUUACAAUUAUGCAGACAUGCAAAUGGCUGUAUGAUGACAAUUACAGUAAUGUUUUAGGACUUAAAGUGUUGUGAAAGUCAAUUUGUACUUAUUUUCGUAAGUUUCUUAAAGUACUGUUAUGUACAACAUUUUUAUGGUAGUUCUGUUCAAUAGAUCUGACAAGAAAUGUCUCAUGUAGUUUUUGCAUUGGUUAAAACUGUGAUGUUUAAUAAUGAUGUUUAAUAACAUUUUUAGAACAAACGGUGCAUUUAUCAUUUCAAGCCAAGAAAUACAUUUUAUGAUUAGUAUUUGUAAAGAGUUGUAGCAUAAUUUGUUCAACUUUGUCAGACUGUAAACAUAGAAAUUUAUUUGUGGUACAUGGUUAAUUAUAACAACAAUGCUAGAAGAAAUUGUUGUCAUGUAAUUUAUUUGGCAUUAAUAACACAGUGGAAAUGACCACCAGAUGUAUAAUUUUUGCUACAAUAUAAUUAUGUACAUAUAAUUAACAUGACUGUAUAAGUAUCCUGUUAACUUUAGUUAUUUCUGCUCAGUAUUUUGUUUGCAAUCAGGUCAAUCUUUAAAAUCCAGUACAUACAAAGCUGAGAAACUUGUGAUGUUCAGUUUACCUUUCCUAGACAGGAUUGUACUCGAUAUCAUUCAUCAUGGUUGUUAAUUAAAUCACUGUUUUGCUUUAUGAUGAUGUUUAGUAUUUUUUAGUAGUUUGUAUUAUAUAAUUAUUUAUUUUACUCUACAAUGAACCCACCUGAUCACGGCAGUAGUCUCCCUUUAGAAUUUACAAAUACAGAUCAUUUUAUUUUUUUUCUAUGCCAUUAAUGGCAGACAAGGAGUUUAAGUUGAUAAUAUAAUGAUUUUUAUAUCGUCAUUUCAACAAGUGUACUUGAUUUAGUAUACAAAUCAUUUUUUGCAAAAGGAUACCAGAUUUCUGCACAUUAAGUAGUUGUUGUUAAUGUACCAACUUACUCAGUACAUUCCGUCCUUUUUGUUUACCUGUGCUAUUGACUUAGAUGAGCUUUGCCAAUAAAAUUUUGCAAGAUACA